AUGUCAUCAUUGACACCCGAUAAAACCUCAACUAUGACUUUGUCUCUAACUUCAACAACAAAUAAUAAUAGUAAUUCAUCAAGAAUAAGUGAUUUAUAUACCACACGUACCGGUAGAGCAAGUUGGUAUCUUAAUAUGACGGAUGAAGAUGAUGAUAUUCCACAUUCAAUACCUGAAAUUCAAAGUGCUCCAAGUAGUCCUCGAUUACGUGGUGUCGAUAUCAAUUUCGAUACGACGACCAAAAAUGAUAGCAUUAAUAACAUUUAUAAUAAUGAUAGUUUGCCUGUUCCCAAAUUAUUUUUAACGGGAAAUAAUAUUCUAAAUAAGGAACACAGACGUUCUUUGAGUUGUGAUGAUAAUUUUACAAAUAAUUCUAGUAAUUAUAAAGGAAUCCCAUUAUCAUCAAAUAAUGUUGAAAAGAAUAAAAAAGUGUAUGGACUUUAUUUAAAUCAUCAUUCUUCUAGUUUAGUAAAUUUACAAUCAUCAAAUUUACAGUCAUCAUCAUCUAAAUCAACUACUACUAAUAUAAAUGAUGACACAGAUGAUGAAUUAAUUGAUGACUUAAAAGAAUUUGGAGUUGAUCGAUAUUUGAAUUUCGAGAACAAGAAUGAAAAAAUAAUUAAUAUUAAUGUCACGAUACCAAGUCCUACACUUUAA